AUGUCGGACGAAGUAUCCCAGUUCCUCGAGCAGGUCGAGCGCCUGCGCGGGCAGCAGAUUGAGGACGACGAGAUGCGAGCCCGGGAGCGCGAGGAGUUUCUCGCCGCCAAGCGAGAGCGCCAGGCUAGGAGAGAGGAACGCGCCCGAUCCAUCUCACCGCAGAAAUCAUCGCCUGCCAACACGCCGUCUCCGCGCCUGAACCGGCGAACCGUCAACCUCUCCGACACGCUCAGGCUCGAUUCAACCGCCGGCGAGUACUUGGAUAAGUUGCGUGAGCGACCGACCGACUCGGAGAAGCCCCUGGAGACGGAUGCACAGGCCGGUGCCAUGUCAUACUCCACCUCAACGAUGAAGGAGAACGAGGCCCCUGAGGAUCACGACGCGAAGCGGGGCGAUGAUGCCUCAGCUACCUCCAGAGCUUCACCUCUCGCAUGGCAGCGCCGGACGACCCGGUCAAACAGCCGUCCGCUGAGCAUCGUCGCCGCUCAGAACGCAGCUCAGAGCGCCACGCACAGGUCGGGUGUCGAGGGCCAGGAGGAGCCUCCAUCCCCUACGCAGCCUCUAUCCAGGGAUCAGAUUGCCCAGAGCCUCGGGUCCAAGGAUGCGUCGUGGUUCCGCCAAACCGCCGACCGAGGCGCAGACUCUGCCGCAGCGUACCGCCGGAACCAGGUCGAGGACGACGAUCGGCUGGACAUGUCGUCUCUCAGCGCCCAGCUGCCUGGCAUGGCCGACAGUUCCGCAGAGCGCCCUACCUCGCGGUCCGGCGAGAGCGCCUUGAGCAAGCUUGCAACCCCGUUCACGCUGAAUCCCCCCAGCUUCGACAAUCCCACCUCGGAAAAGCGUGAGGCGGAAUCGAUUGCCCCCACGGCGACUGGUCGGACGUCUCCCCUGCGCACAACCUCUCCGACCAAAGGGAUGGGCGGAUUUGUGCAGAGCGCCAUGAUGAAGAGGAGCGACAGCGUGAAGCGCUGGUCUGUUGCCAGCCCGCCCGGACUGACUCGCCCUGAUAACGUGGCCACCCACCGUGGCUCGAUCGACAGGGGCGUGCCGUCAAGGCCGCAAAGCAUGUUCAUCCGGGACCCGCCGACGACAAUGACAGCAACGCCGGGGACAAGCAGGCCGGCUUCGCGACCAUCUUCCCGGCCAACUUCCCGGCACGGAGAAAAGGACGGAGAAAAGCGUCCCAAGACACCGACAUCGAUGAGUCCUCCUCAACCUCAGAAACAAGAGAGGCAGGAGCUUGAUGAUGCAGCUCUUCCGAUGUCCCCGUCCAAGACGAUGGAGCCCCGACGCUGGAGUCCGACCAAAUCAAGCUGGCUCGAGAGCGCUCUGAACAAACCAGACUCGCCCAAGGUCCCCCCGAAGCCGGCGUCCUCACAGCAGCCCGCUUGGAUGGUCGAGCUUAGCAAGAACAAGGCAGGGCGUGCAGGCAAUCCCACUCCAGAGCCAAGCAAACCCGCGGGCCCCUCUCACAAGCACCAAGUUAGUAUCGAUGGGCUUAUGAGGUCCACGCCAAUGGGCUCGAGACUGAACCUCAACACUACUGGGUUGGGCGGAAUCUACUCACCCCCUGGAACACACUCGGUAACUGCUCGCUCGUCGGUUCAGAGCUUUUCAACAGCGAGCACGUUCUCUCCGGGGCCGGAGAGGCCCAGGUCAAAGUCAAGAGGCGCUCUCGAUCAAGUGAGAGAGAGGCGAGCCGAAUCCCUGAGCUCUACUAUCAACCCGCUGGCCGCCAAGGUCAAGCCCGAUGCUCCACCAAAGAAGGACCUAGACUUCCGCGGAAACCUGAAGCCGCGGGCUGCCGAAGCACCGGUCUCCAAGACCCAGGAGCCCGAAUUCAAGAGCGUCUUUGGCACUCUUCGCAGGACCAAAACCCAGAACUUCAAAGCACCGGACGAGCUAAAGGACAAUAUCCUCCGCGGCAAGGCUUCUCUUAACACGACUGACGGGCCACAGAAGUCGGUAAUUAGGGACGAAUUCAAGGACGCCAUCCAAAAGAAGAGAGACGAUUUCAGAAAGUCCCAGAUCGAGGGUUUAGGAGUCGCUGCCUCGACGCGCAUUGACAAGCCCAAGGCUCCCCUCCCCGAAGCACUCGCCGUGAGGGCCGAGCUGGGCAAGUCAGCGGCGGUGCCCCAGCAAGAUGCACCCCGAGAGAGUCGCACUCCAUCCGGUCAGUCGAAUAAGCCCGAGUCGUCAAGACCAAGUCCUCCACAGAGAAAGUCAAGUCAAGUGAACUUGGCCAGACAGUCCAGCCCAUCCGUGACUCCCGCCGAGAGCCCCUUGACUGAGAAGACCAGCCUAGAGAAUGCGGAACCCGAUACGCCCGCCCGGACCGAAACAUCACUGCCCUCUCUGCCCAGCCUGUUGAAGAAGAAGAGCGCUCCUGGAAAACUCGGCGGUCUGGCCGAUCGAUUCAACCCUGCCCUUGCCGGGAUGCUGGCACGAGGACCACCGCCAGCAUCUUCCGGCAGUGGAAACCGAGCUGAAGGAUCUGGACAAGGCGAUGGUGAUGUCCAACCUGCGCAGCCAGGCCCUCAGCUGACACACAUGACUAAGAGUCGAGCGCGUGGCCCGAGGAGAAAGGCCCCGUCCAACGUAGGCAACUCUGCCGCCAGUUCCGCAGCUGCGCCGGCAGAGUCGUCUGCAGCAAGCCGACAACCGGCCCCCUUUAGGAAGCAGAGCUUCUCUGCGCCCAUUGAAGAGAAGAAGCCUGCAUUUCCACUACCUCAGACCGCAAAGCCCGAUGUGCCUAUUAAGCUUAAGCCUGUCGAGGCGAGAAAGAUGGAGCUGGAGAGUCGACCCGUGGAGCCUGUACGCCCCUUGAAUCUUCGCAGACGACAAACUGAGACUCAGAUUCCGAUCAACAAGAUCUUCCAAUCACAGGCACCACAGAAGCCGGAGCCGGAGGCGCCGAAGAAGCUCGACCUGAAGCGCGUGUCUCAGAUCUUCGAGCAAGGAAAGAACACGACGGCGGCGGCAGAGACCCCCAAGACGCCCGGCAAGCUUUCGCCCCAGAAGACUGGCACUUGGUCGCCGGUCAAGGCUGGAGCUCCCGAGCCUGUCAAGGAGCCGGCCAAGCUUACCCAGCAGAAGACCGGUCCAGCGAAGUUGACGCAACAAAAGACCGGCCCGUGGUCUCAGCCGAAGCAAGUCGAGCGUUCGCUGCCCGAUCAGCGGCCCUCUGCCAUCAACUCGCUCAGCGAGCCAAAGGCCUCAACCAUCGACGCUGCUCGUGAGCCUGUUUCGACUGCCGUCAAGGCCCCAGUGCCUGGACCCAAGCCGUCCUCCUUCAAUGGGCCACCGAAGGAGGUUACCACACCUCCGGUGUCGCUACCACCUGUGGCGGCCUUGUCCCCAUCGCUGCCCAGGGCGCAGGCUGAGCCACCAAUGGCAUCGCCUACGCGCCCGCAAACAAGCCACGGCAGCGAUGUAUCGGCCAUACUCCACGACUUCUUUGGCCCCCCCUACGAGAAGGUGCAGUGCAACAUCGAUCCCGCCGACAUCCUGACAAACUACCCCAAGUCUGGCGCCAAGGGCAAGACGCUGUCGUUCCACAUGUUCCAGAUCGAUGGAGAUGGCAAGCAGAUGAUUGUGCCCGCUUACCGCGAGCGGAUCCUCUUUGAAGAAGAGAUGUACGUUGCCGGGCACAACUUCACCAACGACGCGGGAUGGAAGGUGCGCGAGGUCUACUUUUGGAUUGGCGACGAAGUCCCGGUUGACGAGGAGGACGUUGCGGAGGCCGUGGCCCAGCAAGAGGCAAAGCAGCUGGGCGGCAAGCUGAUCAAAAUCAGGCAGGGCAAGGAGACGCCCGAGUUCCUGCAGGCGCUUGGCGGCGUGGUGAUUGUCCGGAGAGGCUCGAGCAACAAGUUCGACUCGGCUGCGCCGUCCAUGCUGUGCGGCCGACGGUAUAAUGGCCAGGUGGCGUUUGACGAGGUUGACUUUACGACGGCCAGCCUCUGUUCCGGCUUUGCCUAUCUGAUCACCCACUCCGGCAACUGCUAUCUGUGGAAGGGCAAGGGCAGCGACGUGGACGAGCUCGGCUGCGCACGCCUCAUUGGUAUGGACUUGACGGCGACUGGGCAACUUAUUGAAUACGAUGAGGGCAGCGAGCCUGCGUCCUUCUGGGCCAUGUUUGAUGGCGAGUCGAAGCCUCACUCGGCGGAUCACUGGAGACUGAAGCCUAGCUAUGGGAAAUACAGCAGCAGACUCUUUUGCUCCGACGUAGAGUCUAGGCAGCAGAUCUAUGAGAUUAGCCCAUUCAACCAGGCCGACAUGUCCACGUUCAACAUCUACAUCCUCGACGCCUUCUUCGAGAUGUACAUCAUCGUCGGCUCCCAGGCCCAGUCCCAGUAUGCCUCCUUCCGCACCGCCCUCGACUUUGCCCAGGAGUACGCUGUCCUGGCGGCCAGCAUGGAGGAUCGCCCCUUCAUCCCCAUCUCGACGGUUGUCCUCGAGGGCGUGCCCCGAGACAUGAAGCGAGUGUUCCGGAAGUGGACGGACGAGCGGUGCCCGACGCUGCUCCAGACUCCUUCAACGGAGCCGGGUUUGCGGCGAGGGCGCAGCCUGAGGGUUGUGCCUCUUACCCAGGCCAUCUUGGCUUUGAAGGAGUAG